AUGAACCGCUACCCCCGCGACAUGCACGGCCACGGCCAGACCCCGCCCGACCCGAAAUGGCCGGGCGGCGCCAAGAUCGCCGUCCAGUUCGUCGUCAAUUAUGAGGAAGGCGGCGAAAACUCCCUUCUCCAUGGCGACGAGGCUUCCGAAGCCUUCCUGUCGGAGAUUGUCGGCGCCGCCGCCUGGCCGGGUCAGCGCCACUGGAACAUGGAGACGAUCUACGAAUAUGGCGCGCGCGCCGGCUUCUGGCGCUUGCACCGGCUGUUCGUGCAGGCCGGUGUUCCGGUGACCGUCUAUGGCGUCGCAACAGCCCUCGCCCGGUCUCCCGCGCAGGUCCGCGCCAUGCGUGAGGCCGGCUGGGAGAUCGCCAGCCAUGGCCUGAAAUGGAUCGAAUACAAGGAUUUCUCCCCCGAUCAGGAAAAGCAUCAUAUGGAGGAGGCGAUCCGCGUCCACCGCGAGGUGACGGGCGAGCGUCCCCUGGGCUGGUACACGGGCCGCUGCUCGGUCAACACGGUCGAUCUGGCGGCUCAGGAAGGCGGCUUUGCCUAUGUCGCCGACUCUUACGCAGACGACUUGCCCUACUGGCACCAUUAUGACGGGCACGACCAGCUCAUCGUGCCCUAUACGCUGGACGCCAACGACAUGCGGUUCGCAACGCCGCAGGGCUUCAAUGCGGGCGACCAGUUCCUGGCCUAUCUGAAGGACACGUUCGACACUCUUUAUGCCGAGGGCGAACAGGGCCAGGCCAGGAUGAUGUCGGUCGGCCUUCACUGCCGGCUCGCCGGCCGGCCCGGCCGGACGAUGGCGCUCAGGCGAUUCAUCGAGUACGCGCAAUCGAAGCCAGAUGUCUGGUUCGCCCGGCGCAUCGACAUCGCCAACCAUUGGCGCGCCCUUUUUCCGCCCGAGCAUCGCGCCAAGCCCUCGCGGCUCGACAAGUCCGAAUUCAUCGAGGCGUUCGGCGGCAUCUUCGAGCACUCGCCCUGGAUCGCCGAGCGCGCUUUCAACGACGAACUCGGCCCGGCCAACGACACCGCCAUCGGCCUGCAUGCCGCGCUCGCCCGGCAGUUUCGUGCCGCCUCCCAUGACGAACGUCUUGGCGUCCUGAAAGCGCACCCCGAUCUCGCCGGCAAGCUCGCUGCCGCCAAGCGGCUAACCGCCGAUUCCACCGCAGAACAGGCCUCGGCGGGUCUCGACGCCCUGACCGACCGGGAACGCGCCCGGUUCGAGGCGCUGAACCUUGCCUACACGGAAAAGUUCGGUUUUCCGUUCAUCAUCGCGGUACGCGACCACGACAAGGCGUCGAUCCUGCAAGCGUUUCAGCAACGGCUUGAAAACAGCGCCGAACAGGAAUUUGCCGAAGCCUGCCGGCAGGUCGAACGGAUCGCCCUGCUUCGCCUGGGCGAAAUACUGCCCCACGGCGGCGACCUGUCGGGUUAG